CUUACUGACUGGAGGUUUAAACCUGGAGUUUUUAAGUAAAAAUGUUCCCCUUCUGCACGUACUUACACCUUGUAAAUCGUAUUUUAUUGUUCUUAACGCGUGUAUCACAUUGAAAUUACUUACGGAGCAUGAUAAAAAAAAUAAUGUUUAGACCCUUAGCAACCACCACUUGCGUUCCUGUUGCCAGGGAAGCAGACGCUCCGGGCGGAAGUGGUUCCGCUGCUGGUUGGUAAGUGCGGAUUAUUAGCCAUGAAUUCGAGGAUAUUAAAACACAACAGAUAGUUUGCAGUGUUAAUGCUGCCGUCAAAGACAUAUACGCGAUAUAUUUAUAUAAAUAAAUACUCGUGCGUGGAUUUAUAUGAGUUUCCAUUGGAAUGCAUUGAUAUUUUUGGAGCUAUUUUAAAAACAUGCAAGGACAUUGGCGUUAUUAAAUUGCAUUUAUGGUUAAGUUUUAAAACCUAACGUAUAUAUUUUUUCCUGUAACAACUAAAGCUAAUAAGAUACCAGAAGGACAAAACGAUUUUCUUGUAUGGAAGCAUUCGCUAUAUAAUUUUAUAGUUUUAUUUUUACAAUGUUUACUGACGAGACUUUGGAGACGGUGGGAGCAGAAUCUCUUUGGAGGAAAUCGCGGCUGCUGCAGCAGGAGUCGAAAACCUGUCAAACUACAGAAUUAAAAACUGCCGAGGUGGAAGUUCAGGCGGGUGACACUUCAGAGAAUGCUACGCAGACCGAAGCAGACGAACACCGAACGCAGCACUUUGCCCUGGAGCGGGAGUCUCCGAUACAUUACCCUGGCCUGGGGGAGUUUUUACACAGCGUGGAGGGCGUGGUCGUUAAGGAGUUAAAAAGGAAUGUGAAAAGCCAUGCCUUUGAGGGGUUUGAGGUGAACUGGGAGGACCAGAGUGAAACGGUGUCGUGCUUACACGCUCUACAGUACUCAGAAGCUCAGGAGAGUGGACUCCAGGUUACCAGUCUGUCCUGGAACACCACAGGGUCUGUGGUUGCGUGUGCUUAUGGCAGGCUGGACGAUGGUGACUGGAGCACGGAAAAAUCCUUCGUGUGCACCUGGAACCUGGACAGGAGGGGGUUAAAUCCGAAGCGUCCCGAUCUGGUUAUAGACGUACCCACUUCUGUGAUGUGUCUGUCCUUCCACCCAUCUAAGCCUUCUCUUAUUGCUGGAGGCCUUUACAGUGGGGAGGUGCUGGUGUGGGAUACCAGUCGAACCCAGGACCCUCUGUGUGCAAGGACAGCGAUGUCAGACGAGACUCACAGGGAACCAGUCUACCAGGUGCACUGGGUGCCAGGAGCCAGGAGAGGAGGCGGGUUCAGUGUGCUGAGUGCUGGGGCGGACGGGAGGAUCCUGGUGUGGCAGCUGGACAGCGAGGGGCAGCUCACACUGAGUAAAGGCUUCGCACUGGUCACACAACAGGUUCCACGCAACAUCAAACUGAGCAAGGCCCGCGGGGACAGCCUGCUUGGCGUCACUUCCCUGUCUCUAUGCCCCUGGGACUCGGACAUGUUCCUGGUGGGGGUGGAGGGCGGGCUGGUGCUGAAGUGCUCGUUCUCCACGCGCACCCCUGCAGCGGUGAGCUCACCCAGCAGCGGCCUGGCCCUGAGGGCCCCGGCUCAGUUCUCCUUCUCCAGCCACGCUGGCCCCAUCCACGCCAUCCACUGCUCUCCGUUCCACAGGAACCUGUUUCUAUGUGCUGGGAUGGAUGGCCACGCCCACCUCUGCUCGCUGCUCCAGGCCACGCCCCUCCUCUCUCUCCGCCUCUCGGACUCUUACCUCUUCAGCGUGCGCUGGUCUCCCACGCGGCCGCUCGUCUUCGCUGCAGCUACAGGGCAAGGAUCAGUAAUGAUUUUUGAUCUGGGACGGGGUUCUCUAAGACCUGCUGCCACCAUUGAGCAGGACGCGGGAGGGAAGCCCGUUUACUGCCUGGAGUUCAACCCCAAACAGCCCCGCCUGCUGGCUGCUGGCAACGCUGACGGAACGGUCAAGAUCUGGCAGCUGAGCGCGGAGCUGAUAGAGCAGGGGCAGAGAGAGGCUGCACAGCUGGAACAGCUGGCCAACGAGGCGACAGAAUGAGCUGAACCAGCUUCAGGGUGUGUCUGUGUGUAUAUAUAUAUACAUACAUACACCAACCUCCAGCUCACUGUUUGUACAGUUCAUUGUAAAUUUAUACAGUGAAGAGAUUUUAAUAUACAUAUUUAAUAACUUCUUAUUGGUUUCUUAUUCAUGCCUGUAUGUAUUUGUAUCAUAGAGCCAUCCAAGUGUAUGUAUCCCUUGCGACAUCUAAAAUGAUUAUACAAUUAAAUACUAAGUAAAGAUG